AAUUUAAAAUUGAAGUUCUGAUGAUAAAUUAGAAAAUGUAUUGUGCGAAGCCAGAUGAUCAAAAAUUCACAAAUCACUUUGAAGCAGGAGUGUAUUCUUGUUCAUCUUGCUCAACUGAGUUGUUUCAUGCGAAAGCAAAGUACAAACACGCAUCAGCUUGGCCAGCUUUCUCUCAACCUGUUGCAGAGAAUGUGAUAAGAAAAGAAGUUGAGACUGAAAAACAAACUUCAUCAGAUAAACCGGCAUUCAAGCUUUUUUGCAUGAAAUGUGACAAUAUUUUGGGUCAUGAGUUUAUUGGUGAUGGUCCAGAUAGUCAGUCUAGAUUCUGAAUUUUAUCAGACUCUCUUCAGUUCCAUCCGAAAUAAGUGUUGGAAAAAAUUUUUUGGCACUAUUUUUGACUUCUUACCAGACGUUUGUCGAACUCGAACUAUCUGGUUGAUGAUGUGUCACACUGAAAAGCGUUUGCUGGUGUGUUAUUAAUCGGUCAAAUACGUGUUCUUGAAGCUAUUCUUUAGAUUGAUUUAUAUAUAUAAUAUAUAUCACUGUAUACAUUGUAAACAUCUAAGUUAUUAUUACAAGUAAAUAAAUAAAUCGUAUAAAUGCAA